AUGUUCGACAUCCUCGAAGCAGACAUUGUGAUCAUCCAAGAGACCAAGAUCCAACGCAAAGACCUCCGCGACGAUAUGGUACUGGUUCCGGGGUGGGAUGUCUACUUUAGCCUGCCGCGACACAAGAAGGGCUAUUCUGGGGUCGCCGUAUACACUCGCAACGCUACUUGUGCGCCUAUUCGCGCCGAAGAAGGUGUACUCGGCGUGCUCUCGCCCCCCAAAUCCUCGACGAGCUUUCGCGACCUACCAAAGGAUCAGCAAAUUGGCGGCUACCCUCGCCCAGACCAGCUCUCAGGCGUCGUCGACGAAGCCACACUCGACUCCGAGGGACGAUGCGUCAUUCUCGAAUUUCCCGCGUUCGUGCUUUUGGGGGUCUAUAGCCCAGCAAAUCGAGAUGAGUCGCGCGACGACUUUCGACUGGGCUUCCUGGAGGCUCUGGAUGUACGAAUACGCAAUCUGGUUGCCGAAGGCAAGGAGGUCAUCCUGACUGGCGAUCUCAACAUUGUCGGCUCCGAGCUAGACUCAUCGAAUGUCGCAGAAAGUCUUAAAAAGAACGACAUGACCGUGGAAGAGUGGCAGAACCUUCCUUCUCGACGUCUCUUCAACCAGCUGGUUUUUGGUGCCACUGUCUCAGGCAAUCGAGAUGAAAGGCGAGAACAACCAGUGCUGUGGGACCUCUGCCGGUGUUUCCAUCCGACCAGACAAGGCAUGAACACCUGCUGGGACACCAAAAAGAACACCCGUCCAGCGAAUUACGGCAGCAGAAUCGACUACGUGCUCUGCAGCGACGGGCUCAAGUCUUGGUUCGUGGAAGCGAAUAUACAGGAGGGGCUCAUGGGGUCUGACCAUUGCCCGGUGUAUGCCGUUGUUGCGGACACUGUGGCACGGACCAGCAGAAACAUCCCUUUGCUCGACAUCGUCAACCCCCCAGGGAUGUUCGAAAACGGUCAGCGCCAGCGCGAGUGGGGACAGAAGGACUUACUUCCCCUGUCUGCGAAGUUGAUCCCCGAGUUCGACCGCCGGCAGAGUAUCCGCGACAUGUUUACCAAAAAAGCAAGCAAUGGCCUGAACAAUUCGACCCAAACGCCAACGACGCAGGCAACAACGGCUCCGCAUACUUCGCCCGAGGACUCAGUAGACUCAGACUUCAGUCGUGUUAGCAGCAAUGAGUUAGCCGUGGAGAGUUCCAUCGCGAAGAAAAAUGGUCCGAGCGGCCAUGCUAUAUCUGCUGCCAUUAAUAGGAGCCCAAUCCAAACGACCGCACAGAAGCGUUCUGCAGAUUCACCUGGCACGGCCGAUGCAACCACAAAGUCGAAGCGAAGCAAGUUGAUCACUGAUAAUGCAGCCAAGAACAAGGUCGCGCCAGGUCAGCGAACUUUACAGGGGUUCUUCAAGCCCAAGCCUACGUCUACCAAAAAGGAAGAAGAUGCAGCCUCAGUCACCAACAGCACAGUACCGACCUCCCCUGCGCAGGCGGCUCUUGCAUCGACUGCAGACACCACCAACCGCUCGCCUGCCAAAACGGCGGAGGAUGCGCCACCACCAAGGUCCGAGCUCGCAACGCCCGUCGAAUGGCACGAGAAGGUGUUCGACCCCAUCGAAUCGAAAGAGUCAUGGUCAAAGCUCCUUGGGAAACGAGUGGUCCCUCGAUGUGAGCAUGACGAGCCCUGCAUCAGCCUCCUCACCAAGAAGUCCGGCGUCAAUUGCGGACGAUCAUUCUACAUCUGCCCCAGACCACUCGGCCCUUCCGGUGAGAAGGAGAAGGGGUCUGAGUGGCGCUGUGGCACGUUCAUAUGGAGCAGCGACUGGAACGGGUCGUCGAGCUAG